CCACGCGCUUACUUCUCUUCAAGCCUUUUACUCUUCGUCGUUGACGACCAUGGCGACCUCCAGGCCACCCUCAUCCUCCAUCGAUCCAGAGCUCGCACUCUCCUUCAACUUCUCCGAUACUGUUUUCUCUUACAACGAGAGAGAUGUGGCUCUGUAUGCUCUUGGGGUUGGUGCUUGCGGUGGAGAUGCUUUGGAUGAGAAGGAACUCAAGUAUGUAUACCAUCAGGAUGGGCAGCCCUUCAUCCAGGUUCUGCCUACUUUUGGUGCUACAUUUAUUUAUCGAAAUAAACAAAGCCUUGAAGUUGUGCCUGGCUUACAUUUUGACCCAACUCUGCUGCUUCAUGGUCAACAAUACCUGGAGAUCUACAAGCCUUUCCCUUCUAAUUGUUGUAUCCAAAAUAAAGUUGUAAUUGCAGGUCUGCAUGACAAAGGUAAAGCUGCCAUAAUUGAGGUUCAAACAACCAGUUAUGAUAAGAAUUCUGGAGAAGCCUUGUGCAUGAAUAGGAAUACAAUUUAUUUGCGUGGUGCUGGUGGUUUCUCCAAGUCUUCUAAACCAUAUUCAUAUGCUAAUUAUCCAGCCAACCAGAUUUAUCCGGUUAAGAUUCCAAAUUCUAAACCUACCUUUGUUUACGAGGACAUUACCCAACAAUCCCAGGCGCUUAUUUACAGGCUAUCUGGUGACUAUAACCCAUUACAUUCAGAUCCAAUGGUUGCAAAGAAUGCGGGGUUUUCCCGUCCAAUUCUUCAUGGCCUGUGCUCCCUUGGGAUUGCAGUUAGAGCUGUCAUUAAGUUCUGCUGCAAUGGAGAACCAACCUGGGUGAAAAGCAUUUUCGGGCGAUUCCUUUUGCAUGUCUAUCCAGGAGAGACUUUAAUCACUGAAAUGUGGCUUCAAGGCACAAAGGUGAUAUAUCAAACAAAGGUGAAAGAAAGAAACCGGCCAGUGCUGUCUGGCUAUGUAAUUCUCAAGCAUAUUCCCUCAUCCUUGUAAAUCAUGGAAAGGUUAUAAGAAGCAAAGCUGGUGUUUGUGCAUAAGUUUGUGGUCUCAUUUGGGGUGAAUAAUGUGAAUUUUACAGUAUUUUGUAUGUUAUCAUUGGCUAAGAAUUUGAUUGGCUUGUUACAUACAAUAAUGUCAAUCUAAUAUAGUGUUGUACCAUGGCUGGAUUUUUCCUUUCUUUC